GAGCAGGAAACAUCAAAAGAUUUCCGGAUAACUGUCUCUUUGGUGAGAUGCUCCCUGCAGAGUAGAGCAUCUGGGAGCCCCAGCGGUGCGGGAGGCAGUGUUGUGCCACCAGUUUAUGGCUGAGAACAUUGGCUGCCCCCCCCCCCCAGCAACCAUUCCUGUAGUCCCCCCCCACACACUCUCGUUGCUCCCUUUCCGAGACUUUGCCCUCUGCUCAAAGUCUACGCUGGAAUUCCAUUUUCCUGAACAAGUUACUUAUUGCACGUUUUGCCACGCUGGCCUAAUUUAUCUGUGCACUUUCCUGACCUGAGACCAACACGCUGGGUUAAAGUUCCUGAUUUGCUCAGAAGCACGAUGUCAUCCCAGACCAACCAAGCGGUUCCUAUGUUGAAUAAGCCGGGAUUCAGCGAAACGCAAGCGGUUGGCCUGGUGGAACGGGAGUUCGGGUUGAACGUCUCGGAAAUCCAACCGCUCCCUAGCUACGAUGAUCAGAAUUUCUUUUUGCGCGCCGCUUGCUGGGAAGGGGAUAAAGACGGCGUGGAAGAGUACGUCCUCAAAAUCACCAAUUGCGAGGACAGCCGGAAUCCUGGCCUCAUCGAAGCUCAGACGCAGGUCAUGUUGUUUCUGAGUGCCGAAGGUUUCCCCGUGGCCACCCCGCGUUUCACCAAAAAGGGUGAAAUAAUGUUUCUUGAAUCAAUAGACAUUGGCUCGGCCACCCAAAGCUACUUGGUGAGACUCUUGACGUAUCUGCCAGGCCGAUUGGUGGCCUCUGAGCCCGUGGGUCCUCCCAUUCUGUAUGAUAUUGGACAGCUGGCCGCCAAGAUGGAUAAAACACUUGCCGAGAAAUUCCACAAUCCUUUAACAAAACAUCUUCACAGAGGCACCUUCAUCUGGAAUCUGGCUAACGUCCCUCUUCUGGAACAGUACAUUCCAGCACUGAACCAGAAUCAAAACCUCGAAGUAGUAAAGUGGGUCAUCGAACAAUUCAGAGCGAAAAUCGUGCCAAAGUUAAGCAGCUUCCGGCCCUGUAUCAACCACGGAGACCUUAACGACCACAACAUCUUAUUGGACGCCAAUUCUGCUUCCCCUGAACGUCCACGCGUGUCUGGUAUUUUGGACUUCAGCGACAUGAGCUACGGCUAUUACGUGUUCGAAGUCGCGAUCACCAUUAUGUACAUGAUGAUCGAGAGCGAGGACCCCCUCGGCGUGGGAGGGCACGUCCUCGCGGGGUUCGAAAGCGUUGUCCCCUUGACCCCCGAGGAGCGAGGCGCCCUCUUUCUCCUCGUGAGCGGAAGGUUCGCUCAGUCCCUCGUGAUGGCCGCCCACACCAUUCGACUGCACCCGGAGAACGAAGAGUACUUGAUGACCACGGCCAAAACCGGAUGGAAACACUUAGGGAAGCUUUUUGAGACCGGCCAGGAAGCUGUGGAGAAGAUCUGGUUUGAGACGGCAAAGCAAUACACGUGAAACGACCCACCGGGACAUCUUGGAUUAUAUAGUGUAUAUGAAAGAGUAGAAAGUGUCCCAGUGUACAUACAGCAGGGGUAUUUAAUCAGUGUACAUAUGGCAGUUGUAUUAAAUAAAUGAUGUUAAUUUGCAA